CUACGGAAUGCCUCGACUGUAAGCUACCUGCGACCGACAUGAAUGUCUAAGGCCGCCCUCUUCCAAAACCAUUGGGCUGAUGCGCACUGACAAUACCCACCGCCAAUGGAUGGACCGCCGAUGACGGAUCAGAUUGCAGCGGCUGAAAUCAGAUCGAAGUGGUGACCAGUCGCAUCGGCGACGGCAGCACAAAGCACAGGGGGUCAGAAAUCGGAUACCUCAGAAAGAAAAAAAGAAAAAAGAAAAUAAAAAAAUAAGAAAAAGAGGAAAGCAAAGAAGAGUGAAAGGAGACAUGGAAAAAGCCAUCCGGUGGUCCCCGACCUCCACUACAGCAGAACAACGCUUCCUGUCGGUGGACGUGACCGGGAAGGCCUUCCGACUGUGCAAAGUCACCUCGUUUGAUGGCGGACGACGGCUGGAACAAGAAGUGCUCUCGACGCAUACCAAGGUGCCCGCGUUUCGGGCAUUCGAUUGGUCCCCGGUCGAUGAGUCGUUGGUCGCGGUGGGCCAGUCGUCGGGCGAUGCGACAAUUCUGCGCAUGAAUAGCGAGACGCAGGAAUCGUUCUCGUUUCCGAUUCGACAUCAGCGCUAUUGCAAUGCGGUUGCGUUUAGUACGCAUGGACUGUUGGCCGCGGGGCUGGAUCGGGUCCGCAAUGAUUUCUGUCUCAAUAUCUGGGACGUGAAUCAGCGGUUGGCGAGCAAGGCUGUCAAGGGGUUCGUGGAGCCGUUGAGGAAAUUGGCAAGCUCGGAGCCGAUUACGAGUGUCAAGUUCUUUACGGAUCAGCCGGAUACGUUGGUGACGGGGGUAAAAGGGCAGUUUGUUCGGAUCUAUGAUCUAAGAGAGGGUCCUGGAAACCCGUCGCUGCAGUUUCCCACGCGCUGUGUGCAUAAUGUGGCCAUUGAUUCGCUCGAUCAGAAUUAUAUCGCCUCUUGUCAGGCGACGAAUGAUCCGACUAUCUGCAUCUGGGAUCGGCGCAUUGGGUCGCGCUUCAUUACCCCGGCCGUUGGGCCGACUGCCAUGGAGACAAUGCAGUUGGGACCGUCGCUGGAGUUUGGAAAUGUCAUUGCGCCCAAGUCGACCAUUUGGAGUCUGCGGUUCUCGAGGACCAAGCGGGGUUGUUUGGGUGUGCUCUCGAACACGGGACAUUUCAAGACUUACGACAUUGUGAAGGAGUACCUGGAUGAGGAUAUGCGUUCGUCGAUGGAUGAGACUCUAGGACAGGGCUCCACGAGAAACUACCCUGAGCAGAUCUACACCAAGUACGUCCGUGAUGUGGUCACACCUUAUAAUCAUCCUUCCCGGGGGUAUGAUGAGAAGGAUCGGGUUGUGGCGUUUGAUUUUCUCAACAUGAGCCCGGGCAAUGAGCCCAGCGCAAUUACAAUUUCCGGAAACGAUGAAAUCAAUAUUCUCACGGCAAAGCCUCCAGCGCCUCCGGUGCGACUGUCGUCGCAGGGCACAUUGAUAUGGGGGUCUCCGGAUGAGGGAUCUGAUUUCAAAAUGAUUACUCCACCGGCCAGUCAGGGAUCGAGCAUUUCCAAGGUGGUGGAAGAUGUUCGCGAACGGAUGUCUGACCAGAAUGGGGCUGCUUCGCAGAAAGGACGCCGGGCCAAUCGACCGGCGACUCCUCUGUCAAGCCGCGAGGCGAGGGAACAUGCCUUGUCGCUGGGGACUCUAGGCGGUCGGCUGCCGGUGGAGGAUGCGCUGACUCUGUUGUCAGUGAAUCGGCUUCGGUGCAAAGAAGGUUAUCUAUUCGAUGAGGCACGGAACAGGAGGAUUCUCGCCGAUGAUCCAUGGCUGCAAGGUUUCUGGGACUGGGUUGAGCGCGCACGCUCCGACUCUUGCAACGAGUCCAUGAUCAUCAACGGGCUGGACCUGAACUACCUGGGCAUUUACGAUGUCUGGACCAAUGACUUAGGGGAGAGUCUGGAGGACCGACGAGUCGGCCACAACCAGGCAGUCGACAUCCACGAAACCAUUUUAGAGCUGGUUCAAGAGCUCAACCUCCCCGAAACCAAAGGCUGUGAGACCGAGUACGCCGAACAUCGCCGGCUGUGUCUGCGACUCUGCGGCGCGGCGCAAUCCCACCGAGAACUUGAGGGGCUCGUCAAAACACUGUCCGCCGACAAGCAGCAUACCAAGGCUGCCGCGCUGGCCAUCUUUCAGGACGAACCCAAGCUCGCCUAUCUAGCCUUACGAAGCCACGAGCCCACCCAAGCUCACAAACUCCUUGCCAUGGCGAUUGCCGGCGCCGCGAAGGGUGACACCGACUCCGACUGGGAGGACACCUGCGCCGAAAUCGCCAAGGAGCUCACCGACCCGUAUGCGCGAGCCAUUCUCGCCCUCGUGAGCAAGGGUGACUGGCGCUCUGUCAUCCAGGAAACCACCCUCCCUCUUCGAUACCGGAUCGAGGUAGCCCUGCGCUGGCUGCCAGACGACGACCUCACCAAUUACCUCCACACCACCACCACCUCUGCCAUCCAACAAGGCAACAUUGAAGGUAUCCUCCUCACCGGGCUGAAUCACUCCGCCAUGGACCUCUUCCAAUCGUACAUCAACAAAUUCCACGACAUUCAAACGGCCGUGCUGGCCAUGAGCCACACGGUGCCGCGGUUCAUCAACACAUCGCCAGACCGUGCGCGCUUCGAAUCCUGGCGCGAGACGUACCGCCAGCAGAUCAACGCCUGGAAACUCCAACUCGAGCGCGCGCGCUUCGACGUGGGUUCGCGCAAGUUCGCCGUGACCUGGGAUGGGCGCAAGUUGAUCGACCCACCCCGCCAGCAAGUCAGUCUGACCUGCAACUACUGCACGCGUCCACUCACCCAGCACGACGCCUCCUCCCAAUUAGCCCCCUCGGUCACGGGCGAGGUUGUGCACCCAACCCCCGGCAACCCCCUCGGCAGCGCCGCCAUGUCCGGUACUGUGUGUCCACGCUGCGGACGCCAUAUGCCACGCUGCGGAGUCUGCACGCUCUGGCUGGGGGCACCAGACCCGAUGUCUAAGGCAUGCGUGGCGGCGGAUGCUGCAGCGGGCGAGCGGCGACGCCCAUCCGAGGCGGAGCUAAUGCGUCGAUUCAUUGUGUUUUGUAUUAAUUGUAAUCAUGGGUUCCAUGCGCAUCACGCGCGGGAGUGGUUUGCGCGACAUAAAGUGUGUCCGGUGGCGGAGUUUGGUUGGAAGUUUCGGGUGGAAUGUUUUAUACCCAUUCGCGAUGGUAUUAAUAUAUCAAUUCUGGUCAUACAUAACCCCAUCAUGCCCCCCAAACCGCGGCCCCCUCCCAGCCGCGCCGUCACGGUCUCCAAAGCCCUCAGUUUACUCCUCCGCCAUGCGGCCGAAAAAGAAGGUCUGAGGAUGGAUGCCCAGGGCUACGCGAAUGUUGCGGACGUGCUCGCAUGGCGAAAACUCAAAUCGUUAAAAGUCACCUUUCCCGAGGUUGUCGAGGCGGUUGCGAAUUCGGAUAAGAAGCGGUUUGCGUUGUUGUAUAUUCCGUCUACGAGUACAGAUACAGCUAUGGCUGGUGGAUCGACGGGCAUAGGAAUGAAGGAGAAGGAGGAGGAAACGACAGAGUCAACGGAAUCGAAAGAAGAAGCUACGGCAGCUGCUUUGGCAGCGAGUACUACCGACCAAACCCCAACACACUAUCUCAUUCGCGCAACGCAAGGACAUAGUAUUAAGAGUGUCGAGGCUGCGCAUUUACUCGAAAAGCUUACUCUGGAGGAGAAAGAUAAGUUACCGGGGACAGUCGUGCACGGGACAUUCCACUCCGCGUGGCCGGCUAUUGUGGCAUCCGGGGGCUUGCGCUGUAUGGGACGGAAUCAGGUACAUUUUGCGACGGGGCCGACGGUGGAGGAGGUGCUUGGGCAGGUGGGACAGACUGCAGCAGGGGAUAAAGGGAAGGUGAUUUCGGGGAUGCGACGCGAUGCGCAGGUGUUGAUAUAUGUGGAUGUGGAGAGGGCGUUGGCGGCGGGGUGUCCGUUUUGGAGGAGUGAGAAUGGGGUGAUUCUGAGUGAGGGGAUGAGUGUGACUGGUGGUGAUGGUGAUGAGAAGAUGGUCCCGUUGGAGUUGGUGGAUGUGGUGGUGGAGCGCAAGAUGGGGAAAAUCUGGGAACGUGGCCAGGUGGUGCAGCAGUGGCCGUCGGAAUGGGCGCAGAGUAGGAAUCCCAAGGGGCGGGGGUCCGACGGGAAGCGUCGAUAGCAUUAUUGACUUUAGUAUCUAGCUGGUAAAUAUGCAAUGGAUGGUCAGGCAAUGUGGGGGGGGGAUGGAUGCCUUCCGACGCCGUGCGGGGAAGUCGGAUGCCAUCCGACCAGCACCAAUCAGGAUGGUCGGCUUUCCGAUACAGCGAAUCCGGGGCAUCCAUUAACAAUCGAACUAUAUAUUACCCCCUCCAUAUCUCCUC